AGGGUAUUAAGAGCAUAGAGUGAAGACCCCAGAAGAUGCUGCUUUUCCUGCUUGCCUGUCUCUUGCCUGCCAUCAAUGGGAAGAGCUGCUUCCACUGCUGGCCACAACUGCCUGCAUUGAUAGACUAUGACCUACAGAUUCUAUGGGGCUCCCCAGGACCACCCAGAGAUCUCUCCCAAAGCAUCCACUCCCUAUUCCUGAAGAAGGAUUAUGUCUUCCCAGAACCCUGGUAUCUUGAUCAUGCCCAUAUGGAGGAAGCAACAGCCAAAUUAUUCAAUCACAUAGAUGAAGCCAUUAAGAAGUUUCGAGAUGAUAAACCAUCACUUCUGAGAGAGAUUAAUGUUCAGAAACAGGUGUUUACUAACAGGCUAAAUGAGACGUCUAAGAAGCUGAAGGAGAAGGCUUGUAACAAGUCUUGUGAACUCCACCCCACAUUGGAGGUCAUCAAUUGUGCCAGCUGCAAGACACACCUUCUUACCUGCAAAGACCCAACUCUCUGCCCAGCCAGGAGCCGGAGAAUCCUCGCAUGGUUUGUGAGCCUUGGCAUUAUUCUGCUUCUGGCAGCCAUAGCUGGAAGUGGAUGGUACAUUUUCUGGCAUGGGAAGAGGAAGAAGGAAGCUGAAAAGGCCCUUCUGGUGCCCCUCUUCCAGAGCUAGCACCCAGCCUGGAAGUGACCUGACUCCAGUAGAACCAGCCUGCCAUAAGGGCCACAACUUGGCUACAAUGGGGGGACUUCAAGACACUGAGGCAAAAUGUAUAUAGACCAUAAAUGGCAACCAGUACAGGGAGUCCAAUGACUGAGAGCAGCUGUGGGCCCCCAGCCAUAGGUAUCUCCAGCCCCCAGCCCAGGAAGACACAGGAAGCACCCCCUUCCAAGGUGGUGUCUUCAACAAUGAGAAACCAUGGAAGGUGUGAAGGAAGAGAGAAGUGUUGUCAUUGAGAGUUUAGUGUUGCAGCAGAGCGGAGGUAUGAGAGGUUUGAUAGGUUCAGGCAACUCCAAGAAAUGUGAUAUGGCUGAAGGGAGAGGCCCAGGUAAGAGGACGUUGAGAAGUGGGGACCACAGAAGCACCCAGGCCCAAAGGGAAUGAAAGUAGGUGAGCAAGGAGGGCUAGGAAGAAGUAGUGGAGGGCUUUGCCAGUGGCAGGCCUGAGUCCUAGGGAAAGGUCAGGGAUCCAGACAGAGAAAGAGUAGCUAUGCCAGGCGUAUGCAGCUCCACAUGCAGGCAGCUGAGAUAUCCCCUCCAUCCAGCUCCACAGAUUAUCCCUGCCUCACAAAACUGAGGAAGGGUCCAUGGAUAUAAGGUUUUUGGAGAAAGCAUAAAGACAUAGCUAUAGCCAAAUGGUGAGAACAUCCUCAUAUCCAUUCUGAGUGACUGAGCCAGAGCCCCAGGCUGUAGUAAUGGACCUCCAGGAAACUGUGAUUCUGUGUGUCUGUAAAAGCUGGCUGCCACCUAGGAGAGAGGGAAAGCCAGGCUUUCAUGGUGGUGAUAUUGGUUUCCUAUUUAUAUUUAAAUUGGGACUUAAACCAUUACUUCAAAAGUAUCCAGAGCAACUGCUUUCUGAUGCAUGCAGCAGAAAUAGAAAAUCCCGGGUAUAAUUUAUGAGUUUGUGUGUCUGUAUGUGUAUAUCUCUGAUCAACAGAUUUUUUUAUUAUUAUUUGAGGGUAUAUUUGCAUGAAAAGCAGAUACUGAGUUCUGCUAGAGUAGAAAGAUCAAAGAAUUUUGACUCAGGUAAAUCUUGGUCAAAAUAUAGACUCUGAAGGACUUUAUGCUUCCAGGUAUGACAGAGCAGCUUACAGCAUACCAACACUACCAUCCAAGGGCAACUAAAAAUAAAAUACAUCAAAA